CGUGUAGUUCAAGUGAGUACCCCCAACACAACAACACAAGACAUUCUUAGUUAAUAACUAUACUAUUUACUUUCUCUCUGAUCUCUCGCUACAUCUGAAAGACUGUUCUUUUUUCUACUCUGGUUUGGUACGAGGAUGUUGUUCUUUAUCAUGUUCUUUUAUCCCACAGUUUUUUUAUGAGAGAUUUAUGAAUGGGGUUUGUUCUCAAAAGAAGGAAGAAGGAAGAAAAAGGAAAUAGAGAGAUCAUGCGAAAGUCUUUCAAGGAUUCCCUCAAAGCUCUUGAAGCUGACAUUCAUUUUGCCAAUACACUAGCUUCUGAUUAUCCAAGUGAUCCAGAUGGUGCCUGCCUUCAAAUGAGAUUGUCCUAUAGCCCAACUGCCCAUUUCUUCCUCUUUUUUGUUCAGUGGACUGACUGUUACCUCGCCGGAGCCUUAGGAUUGCUUAAAAUUUUUAUCUACAAGGCAUAUAAAGAUGGGAAGACAACCAUGUCUAUUCAUGAAAGAAAAGCCAGUUUGAAGGAGUUCUAUGGUGUGGUGUUUCCGUCUUUAUUGCAACUUCAUCAAGGAAUCACUGAUGUUGAUGAUAGGAAACAAAAACAUCUAUGUGCUACUAAGUACAAGCGUAAAGAAUUGGUAAACAGAGGAAAGAGCUCCGAAAUUGAUGCAGAAGAAGAUGAAGAAGAGUGUGAUAUUUGUUGCAUGGAGAUGAACACCAUGGUUGUGUUGCCCAGUUGCAAUCACUCAAUGUGUAUGAAAUGCUACCGAGACUGGCAUGGAAGAUCGGAAUCUUGCCCGUUCUGUCGGGACAGUCUUAAACGAGUAAACUCCGGUGAUCUUUGGAUGUACUUGAGCAGCAAAGAGAUAGAUGAUCUUGCUUCAAUCAACAAGGAGAAUUUGAAAAGACUAUUUAUGUACAUAGAAAAGCUGCCUCUUAUUGCUAGACCCUACAUUCAUGUCAUAUCAUCACAACUUCUUGUUGCUUCAUAGUGGAAGGAACCUCAUUCAAACUUAUUGCUUGUAAAUAAUAUAUGUUACACUGUCAUUGCAUUCCUUUAAUUUUAUUCAUUGAAGCAGUAACAUUGCAUUUUGGUA